AAACUUCUCGGGGUCGAGGGGGCCGGCAAGCCGCGGACAUAACCUGCAAUAACCCACAUCUUCGAACCUCCAGCAGAAAGUAUCGCAAGUUUGACUGCCAAAUGAAAGCAAUCGAUACUUUUGCCAUUCCCCCAUUUAACAUUUUUGGUAUCGAUAUAUGAAAAGUCAUCACCGUAAUCGUCAGUGUCAUUGUCAAGCGAGAAAAUUUACAAAAAUUUUGUAAGCUAUUCCCAAAAUGGACAAAAAUCUCGGUGAGCAGUGUCGCACAACGCAUAAAAUCGCUUACAAAAAACCCACGGAGAAGCCGGAGCUGCGCGCUCGCUGCUGGUCCGCCGGUGUGGCCUCAACGAUCGUGGCAUGUGUGGUGGCGCCCGUGGACCUUGUGAAAACUCACAUGCAGACCCAAAAGAAUAAGAAGGGCAUGCUGCAAACGGCUAGGAAGGUGAUGCGACUGCGAGGGCCUUUGGGAUUUUACAAUGGCUUCUCGGCGGCUGCCGUGCGCCAGAUGACCAGCACAAAUAUCCGUUUCGGGAUAUACGAGGUGGGCCGCCAUGCAGACGUCGUGCCCAACAGCAAUCUGGCCAAGCUGGGACUGUCGGGCUUUGCCGGAGCCGCGGCCUCGGUCUGCGGCAUACCCAUGGAUCUGAUCAAUGUCCGGAUGCAGAACGACAUGAAGCUACCUCACGGAGCGCGCCGAAACUAUAGGAACAUCGUCGAUGCCUUCGUUCGAAUUUCCAGGGAGGAGGGCUGGCGGGCCCUAUACACCGGUGGCACUUCGGCGGUCCUCAAGGCCGCGGUGAACACCUGUGGCCAGAUAGGGCUGUACGAUAUUGUCAAGACCAAGUUGAGCACACGAUUCGGCAUGAAAGAUGACAUCGUUCUGCACUUUGAUAGCUCUCUAAUAUCCUCGAUCUUCUCCACGGUCAUCUCGCAUCCGUUCGACGUUCUCAAAACGCUUAUGAUGAACGCUCGACCCGGGCAAUUCCCCAGCAUUUCGCAUGCCCUGAAGCACAUGAUGAGGUUUGGCAAGCUUGGACCAUUUCGGGGGCUAGCACCGACCAUGCUGCGCAAAGGACCUGCCACAAUUUGCCUCCUCGUUUUCUACGAACAGCUGCGGCUGCGCUUUGGUUAUGUGGACACCAAGAAGCGGGAUUAAGGAGCACAAUUUUGGGCAUUUCAUUGCAGUAUUGUGGGGAGAACUUCAGCUCUUCAGCUUCGGUUACAGAAACAGAGAAACAUAGACCCUGGGACCUAGUCCUGUAAUUACAAAUUGCUUAACACAUCAAAUCGAAACGUCUCCUUUUAUCAAUAAAUUAUUAAGGACUGCGAACAGUGAUUCCCUUUUCCAGGCCAAUUACA